AUGCUGCUGCUUGCUGUUGGAGUUGGUAUUCGUGAGUGGUGUGCAUGGAACUGGCAAUUCUACUGGCCGGUCAUAAUAACAUAUUGGACAUUUAUAUGGUUUGAUCGACACACUCCUCAUACGGGUGGAACGGAUCGGUAUCAGUGGGUUCUGGAUUUGCCGUUAUGGAGCUGGUACGCAGACUAUUUCCAAACCCAACUUGUCAGAACAACACCCCUAAAUCCGCAUGGAAAUUAUAUAUUUGGGUAUCAUCCGCAUGGGAUUUAUGUGUUUGGAACACCAAUAUUUGUCACAAACGAAUGCAACUUCAAGGAAUUGUUUCCAAAUAUUAAACUGAGGAUUGGAACACUGGAUGUCAAUUUCAAAGUACCGAUAUGGCGGGAGAUGCAGUUGGCAAUGAAACUGAUAUCGGUCUCAGCUGAUUCCAUCAAGAAUGUGCUGAGUAAAGGACCUGGAUGGUCUGUGAUGAUUGUCAUUGGUGGAGCACAAGAAGCGAUGUUAUCAUACCCUGGCACUGCAGAUCUUGUCUUGAAACGGCGGAAGGGGUUUGUUAGAGUCGGUAUUCAGACUGGAGCGGCGCUUGUGCCUGUCUUUACAUUUGGAGAGAAUGAUUUAUAUUAUCAGACAACCCCAGAACGAAACCCAAAAAUCGCAUCCCUCCAAUCCUGGUUUCAGAAAGCAACAGGCUUCUCAUUCCCAUUCGGUAUGGGCAAAUUCGGAUGGAUACCGUUACGGAGGAAGAUUGUGUCUGUUGUCGGAGCACCAAUCCACGUAAUAAAACAAGACAACCCAUCACAAGAAUACAUUGAUGAAUUGCAUGCCAAGUAUAUUCAGAGUCUGGCUAAACUGUACGAUACGUACAAGGACACGUAUGCGCCGAAUCGGAUACGGGAUAUGAGGAUUGUUGGAUGA